AUGCCUCGCGAUCAACACCCGAGAGAGAGGCUGUACAUUAUGCGUGCUGCACAAGUUGUAGGCAGAGAGGCAACCAAGCAAGAGGUCCUCGAAUACCUCGAGCGGGUCGUUUCCGAGCGUGACCACCUGCAAGUCCUCUUGAAGGACGAGCAGGACGCCCACAAAAAGACUCAAGUCGAGGCCAAGCAGUCCAUCAUGGACGAGAAGCACCGGGCCCAAAAGCUCGAGGCGCGCCUCGGCGAGAUACGCAUGAUGAAGCAUUACGUGGAGGACCAGCUGGACGCCUGCAGGGAGAAGUGUGGCGAGCUCUUCAGCGAGUGCAGGCGACUGAGUUUCAGCAUGGUGGUGCUUCGUAAUGAGCUGAAUCUCAAAGAGAAGAAGAUCAAGAAGCAUGAAGAGAAGAAGACCAAGAAGCGGGGAGAGUGACCAGCGGAAAGACGAACCAGGGAAAACUGUAUUAUAGUGGAGGACAAACUUGACAAGAAAGUGUACGAGGUCCCAAGAUGCCUCUCUGAGUCCCCGGGAUUCUCACAGUCGCGUUUUUGGGGGCAUGUUUCUCUUACGGUAGCUCGGCUCGAGGUUAAAACAGAUACUUGAGCAGCAUAUUUGAAAUUAAAUCGGAGUUUGGGG